CCAGGUUCAAUAUGGUUAUUCUGCUAACAGUGUAAGCUGUUAGUAUAUACUAACACGGUCGGAUUUGAGGCCACGUAGGCGAGCCGCGAUUGGACGGUGGAGGGGGAGAAGAGCAGCUUGUGGCUCGGCUGAACCAAGCCUCUUCCUUUUUUUUUUGUUACAAUUCAAAAAAACCCAAACUUUUUCAUUUAUGUUUAAUUUUCUUUUCUCUCUCCAUCAUUUCAUUUUCCUUUCUCUCUCACUCUCCAAAACUGACUGCUCUCUUCUGUUCUUCUUCUUCUUCCUCUCUCUCUCCCAAAUAAUUCAAAAUACCUCUCCACAACGACGGGUGUGAGAAAUACGACGCCGGCGACGAGGGCUACGGGCAGGAAGAAGACGGCGGUCCUUGGCAACGCCGGUAGCGGUGCUUGAAGGAAGAAGAAGUCGGCCGAGCAAGAAGGAAGACAUCGACGCCAGUAGCGCGAGGAAGACGACUACACAAGCUGCGAAGAGAAGAAAGUUUUUGAGGUAAGCAUCUUCCUUUCUCCUAAUUCAUUGACGGUGAAGGCGGAUCUUUGAGGUAGGUGUUUUGGAUCUGAGAUUCAUUGUUAGGGAUCUGGGAUUCUUGUCGGGGGAUUUGAGAUUCGAUUUGGGGGAUCUGGGAUUCUUUUGAUUUGGGAGAUUUUGAUUUCUUUCGAUUUGGGGGAUCUGUGAUUUUUUGUGGCUGGAUUACAUAUAUUUGAUUUAGGGUUUCAUAGAUUCGACUGGAUCUGAGUUUUUUUUUUUUUUUGCUUCGUUUUUUGGAUCUGAGAUUCAUUGUUAGGGAUCUGGGAUUCUUGUCGGGGGGGUUGAGAUUCGAUUUGGGGGAUCUGGGAUUCAUUUGAUUUGGGGGAUUUGGAUUUCUUUCGAUAUGGGGGAUCUGGGAUUUUCUGUGGCUGGAUUACAUAUAUUUGAUUUAGUGUUUCAUAGAUUCGACUGGAUCUGAGUUUUUUUUUUUUUUGCUUCGUUUUUUGGAUCUGAGAUUCAUUGUUAGGGAUCUGGGAUUCUUGUCGGGGGAUUUGAGAUUCGAUUUGGGGGAUCUGGGAUUCUUUUGAUUUGGGGGAUUUGGAUUUCUUUCGAUAUGGGGGAUCUGGGAUUUUCUGUGGCUUGAUUACAUAUAUUUGAUUUAGGGUUUCAUAGAUUCGACUGGAUCUGAGGUUUUUUUUUGUUUGCUUCGUUUUUUGGAUCUGAGAUUCAUUGUUAGGGAUUUGGGAUUCUUGUCGGGGGAUUUGAGAUUCGAUUUGGGGGAUCUGGGAUUCUUUUGAUUUGGGGGAUUUGGAUUUCUUUCGAUUUGGGGGAUCUGAGUUUUUUUGUGGCUGGGAUUUCUUUCGAUUUGGAUUUCUUUUGAUUUGGGGGAUUCGUUUUUUUAUGUCGAUAUUGUUUGGGGUUUUUGGAUUUUGCUCGUUAAUUUGAUAUUUUUUUACCUGGAAAAUUGUUUAGCUGGCAUGGGAUACCAUUUAGUUUAAUGUGGAUAUUGUUUGGUGGUUGAUUGUCCGGAUAUUGGUUAUGUGAUGCAUAGAUAUUUGUAUGCUAGGUAUGGAUAUUUUUAUGCCUUGUAUGGAUAUUAGUUCAAUGAUAUUAGCUAUUUUCAGGAAUUGUGCAAGAUGGCAAAAUCCAAAAGGUGUUCGAUGCCAGCUCCUCCAAGAGAAGGGAAGGCGGAGACACAUCACUGGCUCAAUCCAGACGCAUCAUGCUGGGAAAACAAAGAUUUUGACAAUCUUGACCUAAAUCAGCUUGCGGCAAUGGACUCAAUGGUUGAAAGCAUGAUCCAAAUGUGGAGGGCUCGGGACGACGCGCUCAAAAAAAUUAUCAAGCGUCAGCAAGACAAAAGUUGAACUAUUGCUUUCUCAUUUCUUAUAUGGUUGUGCUUUUUCGGAUUUGAAAUUCUUGGAUUGCCAAGUUGUAAUGACAUUAAAUACUAGUUUUAUCGCGAUUUGUCUAUCAAACGACUCUUUUUAUUAAGAAUGUCGAGUUUUUUAUUCUAGAAUAUUAUUUGCUCGUCGAAAACACAUCUCCACAAAACAAAUAUCCAAACCACUCAAACUAAUAUCCGACUGUCGCACUAACAUCCGUUCUCAAUUACAAAUAUCCAUACUACCCAGACUAAUAUCUCACCGUCUCAUACUAAUAUCUAAUCAUCCCGAAAUUAAUAUUCUCACUAUCACAGACUAAUAUGUGACCACAUAUCCAGCCAUAGUCUCUUAAUUAGCAAUUAUCAUAGGUUGAAAAAGACCUUACUUCCAAAUUUUCAUCAAAAAAUAUAUAUAUAUAUAUAUACACUAUUUCUUCAUACUUGAAAACCAAUGUAGAUAACCAUCCAUGCAGAACAAAAAUUCAAACCACCCAGACUAAUAUCCGAGUGUCGCAGACUAAUAUCCACUCACCAUCACAAAUAUCUACACCACCCAGACUAGUAUCCCUUCGUCUCAGACUAUUAUCCAGUCAUACCAUAAUAAUUAUCCUCACCAUCAUAGACAAAUAUCCACCACACACUGACUAAUAUCUUACCCCCGCAAACUAAUAUCCGACUACUCAGACAAAUAUCCACACAUCACAAACUAAUAUCCUCCUAUCCAUAAUAAUAUCCUAUCACUGGAGACAAAUAUCGUCGAGAUUAUGUUUUGGUUUCAAGAAGAGUCGCACUUGUGCAUUGCACGACUCACUGGCUUGCGUUGUCAACAUUCGCGCUGUGAAUUGAUCUCUCAGAUAUAAGGAACACCAUUGAUGACAAAAUUUCUUCAAAUAUUGCAUCCAUUGGUGACCAUCGACAGUUUCACUACCGGGAAAACAAUCAGAAACCAUGCUGCUCCAUGCCUCAUCAAACGUCUCAGACAAAUAUCUAGUGACACCUAAAUAAUAUUGUAAAUAUAACAGAAUAAUAUCUAUAACACACUGACUAACAUCCACCACAAACUAAAUAGUAUCCAGUAUGUACUAACUAAUAUCCGCCACACUGACUAAUAUCUUAUAGUUGUACACUAAUUCAAAUAGUUACCAAAAGUGCUAGAUGCUUAAAUAAACGUUGGACAACAUCUUAAUAGUUACCAAAAGUGCCCCAUUAGAAUAUACAAACGUCCAAGAAAAUUUCCGAAAACAUGAACUAAUAUCACUUCAAACCAAAGCUAGACCCUAAACUCUUAACCAUCUUCCCAACACAAACCCUAAACCAUAAAAACUAUUGUUAUUUAAUGGACAGUUACCAAAAGUGUCUCAUUAGAAUAUCCAAACUUCCCAGAAAAAUAUAUGAAAAUAUGAACUAAUGAACCAUGAACCCUAAAACUAAAAUGAAUAUCCACACUACCCAGAAGAAUAUCCACACCACCCAGUCUAAUAUCCCACCGUCUUAGAAAAAUAUCAUGUGAUCCCAAAAUUAAGAUUAUCCAUAUAUAACAGACUAAUAUCCAUCACACACAGACUAAUAUCUUAUUGUUUUACACUAAUCCGAAUAGUUACAAAAAGUGCUAGAUGCUUAAAUAAACAAAGGAUCACAUCAGAAUAAUUACCAAAAGUGCCCCAUUAGAAUAUCCAAACGUCCCAAAAAAAUAACCGAAAACAUGAACUAAUGAACCCUAAACCCUAAAACUAAAAAGAAUAUCCACACUACCCAGACAAAUAUCCACACAACCCAGUCUAAUAUCCUUCUGUCUCAGAAGAAUAUCAUGUGAUCCCAAAAUGGAUAUUAUCACUAUGAGAUAAUAAUAUCCAUCACAUACUGACUAAUAUAUGAUAGUUGUAGACUAAUCCGAAUAGUUACCAAAAGUGCUAGAUGCUUAAAUAAACAAAUGAUCACAUC